AAUGUCUGAAGCUGGAAAUUGGUGUCUUAUUGAAAGCGAUCCAGGUGUCUUCACAGAGCUCAUCUCUGGAAUGGGCGUUAAAGGUGUACAAGUCGAAGAGAUCUAUAGCCUUGAUGAAUCUACAAUGGAGGAAUUAAAGCCUGUGUAUGGCUUGAUCUUCUUGUUUAAAUGGCAAAAGGCAGAGGCAGUACCUUCGCUGGCCCAUUCUGACAACUCCCCAACCGAUCACAUCUUCUUUGCAAACCAAGUGAUCAAUAACGCAUGUGCAACCCAGGCAAUCCUUUCUAUUUUGUUGAAUCGGGAUGAUAUUGAUCUUGGCGAUGAAUUGCGCAAUUUUAAGGAAUUCACCUUUGAUUUUCCCCCCGACAUGAAAGGCCUUGCUAUUUCAAAUAGUGAUUUAAUUAGAUCGGUUCACAACAGUUUUGCUCGUUCCGACCCUUUUGUAAACGAGAUGAAGGAUCCUAGAGGAUCAAAGGAUGAGGAUCUGUUUCACUUUAUUGCAUAUCUCCCUAUUCAUGGUGCAUUAUAUGAGCUAGAUGGACUCAGCAGCGGUCCAGUUAAUCUUGGACCUUGUACAGAUGAUAAUUGGACUAACAAGGCCAAUGAAGCAAUUUCAAAUCGAAUGGGUCGUUAUGGAAAUUCAGAAUUACAUUUCAGCUUGAUGGCAUUGACAAGAGAUCGGAUAGAAGUAUACGAAGAGCAAAUAGAGGAAAAGGAUUGUCUGCUGCUUUCUUUGCCAGAAGAUGCUAAUGCCGAGAGAAAUAAAAUCAACAGAGAGCGAAGCUAUUUGGAGCACAGAUUACACUUGGAGAAGGAAAAGAGACAGAUGUGGCAUAGAGAAAACAUGUUGCGAAAGCAUAAUUUUAUUCCACUUGCUUACAACCUUUUGAGAAUUCUUGCAGAGCGCAAAGAGUUGACUCCUUUGAUCACACAAGCUACUCAAAAAGUAUUAGCUGAAAAUGAAAGAAAAUCCAAGAAAUAGAUUUGAAUAUUUUUUAUUGCUAUCCAUGGUGAUCUUGGAAUACCUCGCACAUUAUAUAUCGUUUUUAUUCUUCUUGAAUUUUAUUUGUAAUAAUAUUAUUUUACGGAUAUAAUUCCAUUUAUUUUUUGUAAAUAUAAUAAGAGUCUUUAGGAGCGUUUACAAUUGAAACAUGUAUUUUCAUGAACCAACAAAGAAUAUUAUACCAAUAUC